AUGUUUCUACAAGGAGUUGUGAAGCGAUUGGUACGGGAUUUCCAUGUUAGCAGGAUUUGCAAUGAGGCAAAACGGUUUCCUUUCGAGCUAUUGAACUUGAAGGUUGGGAAAUUCCAACAAGUAGCAUUGCAUCCCAAUUCGGAGAAAAUGUACGUUUCUCAAGUGGAAUUGGGGAAUGGAUCUGUGAAACAGAUCUGUAGUGGGAUCAGACAAUACAUUCCGAGAGAUCAGUUACAGGAUAAGUUAUGCAUAGUGGUAGAUAAUAUAAAAAAAUGUAAACUCAGAGGAGAACCCAGCGAAGCAAUGAUAUUGUGCGGUGAACAUACAGAUGCCGGAUCUGGAAUAACGUCUGUGAAACUUGCAUAUCCUGUGGCUGAAUCCCUGGAACAAUCGGCACAGUUAGUGGGGCAACAGGUAGUUAUUGAUCUAGAUCAAAAGAUCACCGAUAGGAAGAUUAAACCUAAGAAAUGGGACUGCAUUUCAUCCAGUUUGUAUACGAAUGGAAAUGGUGAAAUUGUAUUCCAGCAAGGGGACAGUUCGGAAAAACAGCUGUUUGUGAAAUUAGGGGACCAGUUAAUUCCAGUCAGAGUUGACGGCCUUCCUGAGCAUAGUACAGUGCGGUGA